AUGUCCACCUCUUCUCCGUCGUCUCCGGCGGGCAACAUCGGCGGCGAAGACGGGUCGCCUCUGACGACGUCGGCCAUCGUCGCACAGGCCGUUUCAGGGUCGCAUGUCGUCAAUAUAGACGGCUACUCCCGCACCAAGGGGCUUGGCAACGGCAAGUACAUCGCCUCCGAGACUUUCGCCAUCGGAGGCCAUCGUUGGCGUAUGCGCUAUUACCCAGAUGGCGAGGGCUCUGCUGACGCUGAUUGGAUAUCCAUCUAUCUUCACUGCAAUGAUCGAACUGAUGCUAAUAAAGUCAAAGCAGAGCUCAAGAUAAGUCUGCUUGACCAAGAUAGGCAACCAGUGCCAUCGUACAGCUUUCCCAGAAGCCAGAUUAUACGCACCUUCUCCAGCGAAGAACCAACAUGGGGCUUCGAUCAAUUCAUCAAAAGGAAGGACUUGGAAGAAUCCAUCUACCUCAGGGACGACGCAUUCAGCAUCAGGUGCGACGUCACCGUGUCAAAGGACAUCUUCACCGAGCAGGUGCCGCCGUCUGUGGUGGUGCCACCGUCCGACAUGCACCAACAUCUUGGAAACAUGCUCUUAGACGGCGACGCCGCCGACGUCACUUUCAAUGUCGGCGCCGAGACAUUCGCGGCACACAGGUGCGUGCUCGCAGCUCGGUCAUCGGUCUUCAAGGUGGAGCUCCUCGGCGCCAUGAAGGAGAAGACCGCGACUCUGGUGCGAAUCGACGACAUGGAACCCAUGGUGUUCAGGGCAUUGCUGCACUUCAUCUACACCGACUCGCUGCCCGCGGCCGACGAGGGCAGCGGGGCGGCGGCCAUGGCUCAGCACUUGCUUGUCGCGGCGGACAGGUACAACUUGGAGCGGCUGAAGCUGAUCUGCGAGGGGAGGCUGUGCGACCACGUCUGCAGAGGCAGCGUGGCGACGACAUUGGCGCUGGCCGAGCAGCAUGGCUGCGUUGCUCUGAAGAAGGCUUGCUUCAGGUUCCUGACGUCUCCCGGUAACCUAAAGGCGGUCGUGGCGUCUGAUGGGUUUGAGCACCUAAGGAGCAGUUGCCCCUCUAUUCUGGAGGAGCUGGUCGCCAAGCUUGCUCCUUGAUCUCUUUGAGUUUAAACUCGCAAAAUCUGGAUAUCUAUCUGAAUCUAUCCUG